AUGUCGACCACCAAACCGCUUACCCCCGCGCAAACGCACGCCCUCUUCGACAUCCUAAUCCACCACCAAGUCUACUCUGAAAUCGAAGCUUUCAAAUACCCCUCUACCAUCGAUCAGUAUGGCUACCCGUUCCGGAAGGCCGACGGCGUCCAGUCGACGAGCCCAUUGUUACAGAAUAUGCUCAACAAGUUUGCACUGUGUAACCCUGCAAUACGAAACUUUGGCGAGAGCUGGUGGUCCGACAAGAUCCAGACGCUGGUUGCGAGAAUGGCAGAGGCCGAGUUGAGCGAGAGUUAUGACAAAGGUGCCAUUGGGAGUCGGAAGGCUCUUGCGACGGCGGCGAGUAGUAUUGCCGAGUAUGUUGCGAGAGGCAUGUUGGGUGGAUACCCAGCAACCAAGAAGAAGGAGAGCAAGAAGGAAUACGACACAAGCAAACCGGAAGACGUCAUACAAGGCUUCGAGGAGCUGGUGAAAGAUGCGAUAUAUGGUAAUGCUCUGGAUGAUUUAUAUGAGAAGGUCAAGGCGACGUCGAGGCUCGAGGAUCAUUCCAGCAGUUUGCAGGCAGCGCAUGAGUAUAUGCUGUUGAACGCCGCGUCCUUCCUCCACCAUGUCUUUGUAAUGUCGCCUGAUGGCCAGUACCUCGUCCGCCUCCUCGAGAACCUGCACCGCCUCAUACCAUACACCGUCAUCAGACAGACAUUGCGCGUAGGGAACGCAGCCACCAUGAUCAACGGCAUGGUCAGAUUAGUACUGGCCAAGCUCUCCGUCACGGCCAUGACCAAUUGGAUAGGUCUAACCAACAACUCCAACGACGGCAUGAACCUCCUACAGCAAAUCAUAUCGACAAUAUUGGCCUGGGACACAACCGAGUUCCAGAAGCGAGCAACGAAACUAGAGUCAUCACGCAAUGCCCCCGAUAAGAAGGUCUUCAAGGCACUCAAGGCAUACGUAUACUCCUCAAGAGAGAAGCACGAGGCGGCACGAAGCCAAUCAGUCUCGGAAUCAAAAUCCAUCGCAGCUGUCAUCCUCGAAACCUCCGACCCUCCAUACAAGAUCGACGCUGAAACUCUCAACGAACACCAACAUAGCGUAGCUAUGGAAUACCUCAGCACAUAUCUAUCCAUUCGCGACCGUGAGGAACUCACCAAAGUGCUCUGUAAAUCCAACCCUGACGUCCUUACUUCCACAAUACGAGAUGCCGUAGCAGCUAUGGAUCCCGUUAUCCGAGACAUACACAACGCAGUCGAUCUAUCAGGCACCGUCACCGACGCGGAAGCCUUCAUCACCGACCUCAUCAAAACCGCCAAGCCAAAAAAGAAGGGAACCAGAAGUCGCGAAACCUCAAAGUCCCGCCCGAGCUCCCCAGACCCAGCCAGCAUCAUCGACCAAGAAGCAAGCGACGCCCCCACCGUAGAAGAGUUCGUCCAACUUCUAAAGAAACACGCACCCUCCAUGCACAAAUUCCUGCAUCAAGUCACCAAAAACGCACCAAACCUCGCACAAGACUACCUCGUAUAUGCUAAACGCAUAUUCUCCGAAUUCCGCGUCGACGACCGCGCAGCCGAAGCGGAGAAAAGGGGCGAAGGAGGCGCGGGAAACAUGACAGCACCACUACACUCACUCUUUGAAACCCUCAGCAAAGAAAAACAAGACGAGUUGAAGAAGUUGCUGGAUCAGCACGAAAACCACCUGACCACACUGAAGUCCACAUCCCAAUCCCGCCUUGAAUCUAUCAUGCGGCCCUCGCCCUCACAAAACAGCGGGAAAGGAGGUACAACACACGGUCCAGGCAUGUACCUCUCCCGCUGGAACGCUCUCCUCGACAGCACGCUCAUCUCUCCCGCCACCAUCCACGGCCCCAUACGCAAAGGCUGGGAGGUCAAAGGGGAGCUGGAUGGUAAGGGGCUCAAGACAAAUUCGAGUCUGCUGGAUAAAGACAGGAAGCGGGAUCGUGUUAGUGCUAUGAUGGCGGAUGGGACGGGGGAUAAAAUUGAGCGGAAGGAGAGGAAGAGGGAUGGGUUGGAGGAGGAGAGUAUGGAAGUUGUUUGGGAGGGAAUGAGGAAUGGGUGGGUGGGGGUUUGUCGGGGGCUGGAGAUUAUGGGUCCGGAGUAG